UUCGCAAUGAUUCGAGUUAAACGUUGUCGAUUUUCUGCAAUUUUUGCCUUAAUUAUCUCUUUGUUAAUCAUGGCGGCCAAUUUUAAUUCCGUUGUGGCACCACCUGGUGCUAAUCCGGGUAAGAAAUGGGACAAAGGUUGGAACAACGAUUGGAACAAUGGCUGGAAUAAAAAUGAAUAUUAUGGACAAAGUGGCAGUUCAGGAGGAAGUUCAGCACAAAAUUCAACCCAAAGCGGUGGAAGGAAGCUCGUAAUCAAUCAGGAGCAGGAUGGCCUUUCAAUUUUAAGUCCAAAUCUCGACAGCACAAAUUUGGCUUUGGGAAUUCCAAUUGUUGAUUCUAUCGUAAACGGCAGUAGUACAAUUCAAAGAGGUUGAAGCGCCAUCUUUGUCCUUUAAAACUAUAAGCCUAACAAUGUAUAAAUUAAUAAAGAGACAUUAAGGACGAUUUCCCAAUAAAGAGAGUAAUUAAAAGAAAACUGUUUGUUGUAAACGAUAUAAAUUCGUUUAUUUGCAAUAAUGUUAAAAAAAAAUUCUAAAAAUAAAAUCACGAUUGCUACAGGGGAGAAAGAGGUUUAAUGUUAAACCUUCUAAAUAAUAUUGCGUUUUUGAAACUAUGCAACAUAUUCAACAUAUUCAAUGACAGAGAAAUCUUGGAAAUUCCAAGAAUUUGUACUGAAAUUUCAACAAUUUCAAGGAUUUCUUGGUGGCUGAAUACGACACUAUUAACCCUUUCGCGUUAAUGUGAAACAUGCCCUUUUUAUCACAUUAUUUAUUCUGUGGAUGCUU